AUGUUACAAGCAUAUGCGGACAUACGUGAUCACGUGACAACCGUUGCACUCGGAAUUGACUAUGUCUUUUAUUCUAUCCUGAAUACAAGUUAUAAUAUGGAUCAAGGAACUGCCACAGCUGCGAUAGCACGUGGUUUAAUAGCACUGAAUAAAAGAUUAGAUUCCAAUAACAUAACGAGCUAUUAUUUAAAUAAAUGGACGCAAUCUGGAGAGAACAUAAUGGUUUUAAGAGGCAUCGAUAGUAAACAUUUAAAAUAUCUUCACAACGAAGCUAAAUAUUCUGCAAUUGACUUGCACUUUCUGCAUCAACGAUGGUCAAAUGGAAGAGACAUCAUAGUCUUAACAGUGUUUGGGCAACAAGAAUAUCUACAAGACAUUUUUGAAGGAUUAUUACCUUUACGGUAG